CAUAACUGCGCGAUGUAUUACGAUGAAAUAGAAUAGGUAGAAUAAUCAGAUUGAGAAGAAGGGGUCGACUUGCUUUCAGACAAGAUGAGAAGCGCGAACAGUUUGGACCAAUAUAACGACGAUGACUUCUUCAGCGGUGGUCCCUGCCCUUCUUGUCGGUUAGCCAUUAACAAGGAAACUGGUCGACUCAAGUGGUGUAUGGGCGGAAACGAUACUUGGCGCUUCCGAGUGAAAUUAAUGCUUCUGAUUCCCGCUGUGUUAUUGCCGAUCACUAUAAUUUUCAUCGCCCUCUCGAGGUCACAGGUGAUUGGCAAAACUCCUUAUCAUCGUACGCAUUUGGUUCACGCGACUAAAAGACAGGACGAGAGAACCGAGGAGACUUUUCCGUGUAAGUCUAUUGCCAGAUAUACAUAACGAUGUGGUCAUAAAAUGAACCUGAUAUUAACGACGUCCGGUUCGUUGGUUGCUCGUAGAGAUUUGAAUAGCAGAAUAAAGUGCGAGAUACGUGGCGUGAUUUAUCGAUUAUUGUCAGAGAAAAAUAAUUCAAAUAACGCUCGGAAGAUGGUAUAACUAAAAUUGUUCUUGAGACUUCUUGGUGUAAGUUGUUUCAAGUUUGCCAUUGCGGAAGGAGUUUUUAAAUUUAAUCGUUUUCCUGCCUUAAAUAUUUUAAAUAUUUUAAAUAGCUUGUUUUAAGAUAUCAAAAAAUAUAUUGAUAAUUCUACGAAAGAUAUUAAAUGUGAGUCAAGAACAGGAAAAUGAAUAAAUACAUAUAAGUCGUAAAAUUAUAAAGAACGAUAAAGAAAUAAAUUUUUUGUCAAAAUUUUAUAAAAAUUAAUGGAACAAAGAGGAAGUAUAUUAUUCUUAGAAAUUGUUAGCAGCGACCAGCCGCAGCGAGAUAGAGCGGGUAGAAGAAGAGGAAGAAGAUAGAAUCCUUAUACCUGAAAUGAAAACUUACUACGCGCCGAUGGAAUCUCUACUUUCGCCACGACAGCUUCAACGACGCAAGAGAGACCUGGAUGGGGUACAUUAUCCAAAACAAGCAAAUUCAAAGCGAUUCUACAAUGCGAUUCUACAGAACGCUCUAGCUAACUGAUACCAUUUUUUCUUCCUCCGCUUCUUAUUCCUUCUUCGCCCUUUUUCCAUUUUUUCCAAAAAAAAAAAAAAAAAGAAAAAAAGAAAAUUACACACAUACACAUAAAAAAUUAAAAAUCAUCCUUCCUUCUUGAAUCUACGAUCGUUAGCUUCGAACAAAACAUAGCAACGAACACACACCACAGUGGCCCGUCAAUUGGCGAAAAACAGUCCCGAAGAAUAAUUAAUUUAGAGUACUUAUUACGAAAGGGAUCAAGCAAUAGAAGUAGACUACAACACUGAAAAGUCAGAUGAUCAAAAUUCCGAUGAAAAUUUGAACAAUUUCUUGGAUGAUUACUACUCUGAGAUGGAUGCCGAUGAGAUUAAAGGAAAAUCUGAUAUACAAACUAACGAUUAUCGAGAAUAUGGCGAAUAUACCCAUGACUCUCAUAAAAAUGAAGAACUACGUUCCAAGUUCUUCAAAUACGAUAAUAUUGAAGAACGUUCUCAAGACGAGUCGGACGAGGGCGAACAAGGUGGAAGACGUCAAAUUUCCAUCGAUGACUCGGACUCCAGUUUGCCAAUUGAUGAUUAUCAACAGGAAGACGAUACUCAUACAGAUUUCCAUGCGUUUUGGAAAGGCGAAGGAAACGAGUGGGCCAUCAGAGAGGCUCAAGAAACAGAUAUUCGCCGCAGCAAAAAUCAUGCUCAAGUACAUGGACAAGAGUACUGAUCCUUGCGAAGAUUUCUAUCAAUUUGCCUGUGGCAAUUGGGCGAGACACAAUCCUAUCCCUAAAGACAAAGCUGCCUAUGAUACGUUCGAAAUGAUUAGAGAAUCAUUAGAUUCUGUGUUGAAAGAGCUUCUUGAAGAACCUAUAUUAAAAGAAGUUAUGUUGAAUACGGAUGAUGCCAUAGUCAAGGCUAAACAUUUGUUUCAAAGUUGUAUGAAUUACGACAUGUGGCUAGAGAUCUUGGAGCAACGCAUGGAACGGCCGCUUAUACAACUUUUAGAUGAACUCGGUGGAUGGCCUAUAUUGAGACCUAACUGGGAUCCAGAAAAAUUCGAUUGGCUUCUUUUGGUUGCACAAUUGAGGCUUUAUAAUAACGAUAUUCUUAUUUCGGAAUGGGUUGCACCGGAUAUUAAGAACAGCGAUCAAUAUGUUAUACAGUUCGAUCAGACAUCAUUGGGUUUACCUACGAGAGAUUAUUUUCUCCAACCAUCGAAUAUGAUUUAUCUGAGAGCUUACAAAAAUUAUUUAAUAAAAAUUUCUACUCUUCUGGGCGCAUCUUUGCAGAAUGCUACUAUGGACGCUGACGAAUUAAUAGAAUUUGAGACGAAACUUGCCAAAAUCACAUCAUCUCCUGAUGAAAGAAGAAAUCUUUCAGAAUUGUAUCAAAGAAUGAGUAUUGGAGAACUGAGGACUCUGAUACCUCAAAUUAAUUGGCAUCGAUAUUUAACCAUCGUUUUAGCUCGACCAACUAAUAUUUCUGAACCUGUUGUUGUUUAUGCGAUGCAAUAUAUCCAAGACUUGGUGAAUCUUCUUUCAAAAACUAGUCCGCGAACUAUCGCAAACUAUCUUCUAUGGCGAUUCGUUAGGCAUAGGGUAAAUAAUCUAGAUGAUCGAUUUCAAGAGGCUAAGCAAAAAUUUUAUUAUAUUCUUUUUGGAAGAGAACAAGCACCCCCCAGAUGGAAAAAUUGUGUAGCACAAGUGAAUUCUAAUAUGGGUAUGGCUGUAGGGUCAAUGUUCGUGAAAAAAUAUUUCGACGAAAAAAGCAAAAACGAUACAUUGUCUAUGACUCGAGAGAUACAACAGUCGUUUAAAGAGCUUUUGAAUCAAACUUCCUGGAUCGAUGACGAAACGAAAGAAUUGGCCACCGAGAAAGUGAACGCAAUGCUGUUAAGAAUCGGCUAUCCUGAUUUCAUUUUACAACCUGAAUUGUUGAAUGAACGUUAUAAGGAUAUCGUGAUCCGUCCAGAUAAGUAUUUCGAGAAUACAUUAAAUAUUUUACAACAUUUGACCAGAGUGGAACAAGAUCGGCUUGGCAGCCCUGUUAACAAAACCCUCUGGAAUACCGCACCAGCAGUGGUCAAUGCUUAUUACAGUCGCAGCAAGAAUAGGAUAAUGUUUCCAGCUGGCAUACUACAGCCGCCCUUUUAUCACAGAUAUUUUCCACGGUGUUUAAAUUACGGUGGAAUAGGAGUUGUAAUUGGCCACGAAAUUACGCAUGGCUUCGAUGAUAAAGGUCGAUUAUUCGAUAAGGAUGGUAAUCUACACAGAUGGUGGAAAGAUGAAGCUAUUUACGGAUUUCAUCAACGUGCCCAAUGUCUCAUCGACCAGUAUAGUCAUUAUAUCGUGCCCGAAGUUGGAAUGAAGAUUGAUGGAAUAAAUACGCAGGGAGAGAAUAUCGCGGACAAUGGUGGCAUUAAACAAGCUUUUCGAGCUUACGAAAAAUGGUUACGCUUAAACGAGGAUGCUGACGAAACUCUGCCCGGUUUGAACGCGACCGGAAAGCAAUUGUUCUUUCUCAACUUCGCUCAAGUAUGGUGUGGCUCGAUGAGACCGGAAGCAACUAGGAAUAAAUUAAAAACCGCGGUGCAUUCACCUGGCAAAUUUCGCGUGAUUGGUACCUUGUCAAAUUCGAAGGAUUUCGCGGAAGUAUUUCAUUGUCCUCUAGGCACACCCAUGAACCCAAUUAAGAAAUGUUCCGUUUGGUGAUGAACAAUGUGCUUGCUAUUCUGCUAGUUUCAUCGUCAUAUCGAUCGUUAGUCGAUUUAAAUUAAUCCGAGCAACAUGAUUGAGAAAAAAAGAAAAGUAAAGGAAUGGAUUGUUCGUUGCUCGAUUAAGCGAAGGAAUUUACAUCACGAUGAAAGUUUCAUCGUUGAAAGAAUAUUAUAAAACGAAACUGUAGUAUCGUGCUUUCAAUUGUUGUUGAUAUACGAUUAGCAUUAAAAUUAGUAAAAUAAAAUAUAGAAUGAAGGAAAUGAAGAACCGGAGGAAAUAAUGAAGAUAACCAUUGUUGAAUAAUUAUAAGUUAUCAUUUAACGAAUAAGGAGCAUGCAACGUAAUCGAGAAAUACGAUUCGUAUUGCCAAAAUAUGUUGUGCAGUAAUAAAAUAAUUCUUUUGCGCUACUGAGGUUUGAUCUGAAGUAUCGCGUAAUGGAAAAGCUUCGUAGAUGUUGAAAACAGCUGCGCUGUUUAGUUGUGUUAAGAAUGAAAUUGUAAGACAAAUACCAAAGACAAUAAUAAUUUCAGACAAUCAUAAAAA